CGACUUGUUAGUACUGUUCCAACUUUCUACCACAAAGAACGUUCAUUGUAAGACCAACAGACAGUUAAUUUUUUUUAUUUGCUUGUGCAAUCAAUUUUGAUGCACAGUUCAAUAUUCGACAUUUAUAUACAAACAGCUGAAGAUAAAUUUAACGUUUGAGAUUCGAAUUUACUUUGUGAUUGACUUACUCAAAAGGUGUGUCCCAUUUGAAAAAUGUCGGUAUUUGGCUUAAUGUCCGGCGUUGCCGGUUUUGUGAAGGUUCGAUAUUUAAUUGACAAAGCAAUUAUCGACAACAUGAUUUUUCGCUGCCACUAUCGCAUCACAAGCGCGAUUUUAUUCGUAUGUUGCACCAUUGUGACCGCUAAUAAUUUGAUUGGUGAUCCAAUUGCAUGUAUCAACGAUGGGGCUGUGCCAAAUCAUGUCAUAAAUACUUAUUGCUGGAUCACAUACACUUUUACACUUCCGGGUCAACAUGGUAAACAUGUUGGAACUGAGGUUGCGCAAAGUGGUUUAGGAAAUGAUAACCAGGAAAAAGUUUAUCACAGCUACUACCAGUGGGUGCCUUUCACACUUUUCCUCCAAGGAUGUCUCUUUUAUCUUCCUCAUUACAUUUGGAAAAAUAUUGAAGAUGGUAAAGUUGGCUUGAUCUCACAAGGCAUUCGUGGAAUGUUCGCUCUAUCGCCCAAAGAACGGGCAAGCCGUCAAAAACGUCUUGUUACCUAUAUAUUGGAAAGUUUGCGAACACAUAACGGAUAUUCAUUUGGUUAUUUCUUUUGUGAAAUUUUGAACUUGGUCAAUGUUAUUGCCAACAUUAUAUUCAUUGAUAAAUUUUUGGGAGGAACAUUCUUAACAUAUGGUACUGAUGUUAUUCAAUUUUCGAAUAUGAAUCAGGAAAAUCGAAGCGAUCCAAUGCUCGAAGUGUUCCCGCGUAUCACAAAAUGCACAUUCCAUAAAUACGGAGCUAGUGGAAGUAUUCAAAAGCAUGAUGCGCUAUGUGUCUUAGCAUUGAAUAUUCUGAAUGAAAAAAUAUACAUUUUCUUGUGGUUUUGGUUCAUUAUUGUGGCCAUUUUGUCUGCAUGUGCCAUCAUUUACUCUGCAUUGGUAGUUAUGUUGCCAACCACUCGUGAAGCCAUCAUCAAAAGACGAUUCCGAAACGGAACAACGAAUGAAGUCGAAGGUCUCAUAAGUAAUAUACAGGUUGGUGACUUCUUGCUUCUUCAUUUACUUGGUCAGAAUAUUAGCGUAAAUGCGUUCUCGGAAAUACUACGUGAUCUAUGCAAUCGUCUGAGCUCAUCAACACCAUCAGCACCUUCGCCAAUGGAAAUGGCUCCGUUUUACAGUUCGGCAUUGGAAAACGAAAAGGAGACUAUGACAUAAAAUUCACAUGAAUUUUAAAUGACAAUGACCCAAUUUCAAUAUUCAAAUGAACUUUUCAAACAAAAUUUUGAUUUUUGACCCACAAUCAGAGGUUAUAAUUUCAUUAAUUUUACGGUCUACAUGAAGAGACAUUCCGUAUCUAAAAAGUAUUAUAUCAAAAAGACAAUAAAAUUUUACUGAAAAA